GCAAUGUCUCCUCUUUGUGUUUAGCUGUUGAACAAUGGCUGGAAGUUGGUGUUUGGUUCAGAUUUCGUUGGUCUGUGCUUUCUGUCAUGCUGUUCCACAGUGGAGUAAGUCGCUUCAGGAUGCUCAAGCUCUGAUGAUGCAGCAGACUGACCAGCAGUUUCAGCUCCAGAAGCCAGUUCAACAGCUAACUAACCAACAGUUUCCGCUUCGGAAGCCAGUUCAACAGCUAACUAAGCCGCAGUUUCCACUUCAGAAACCAGUUCAACACCUACCUAACCCGCAAUUUCCACUUCAGAAGCCUGUUCAACAGUUAACUAAGCCGCAGUAUCCGCUUCAGAAGCCUGUUCAACCGCUAACUAACCAGCAGUUUCCGCUUCGGAAGCCAGUUCAACAGCUAACUAAGCCGCAGUUUCCGCUUCAGAAGCCUGUUCAACAGCUAACUAACCAGCAGUUUCCACUUCAGAAACCAGUUCAACACCUACCUAACCCGCAAUUUCCACUUCAGAAGCCUGUUCAACAGUUAACUAAGCCGCAGUUUCCGAUUCAGAAGCCAGUUAAACAGCAGUUUCAGAAGCCAGUAGUGCAGGCAGAGCCCUUUGAUAAAUGUGUAGCUGUAGCUGAUUCUGAGCAGAUCCAAUGUGGUCUACCUGGGAUCAGUGGUGCUGAGUGUGAAGCUAUCAACUGCUGCUUUAACGGACAGCAGUGUUUCUAUGGAAGGGCGGGUAAGUGUUCUCAAUCUUAUUCCGUUCGUGUCAAACUGAUUCUCUGAAUUUAACCUGCUCUUGUACCUUGUUCUAGUGACCGUCCAGUGUAUUAGAGAUGGUCAGUUUGUGGUAGUGGUGUCUAGAGAUGUUACUCUGCCUCGACUGAGUCUGGAUACGGUUCAUCUACUGGGUGGAAAUGACCCACCUUGUGCUCCUGUGGGGUCUACACCUUCCUUUGCUAUAUACCAGUUCCCUGUGACCGCAUGUGGCACGAGCGUGAUGGUGAGCAGCUGCUA